AUGUCGCUCACAGUCGCUCGCUUGCAAGAAGAACGCAAGCAAUGGCGUAAAGAUCAUCCUUUCGGAUUUGUGGCGCGACCAGUCAAGAGCUCACAAGGUGCACUUGAUCUCAAGAAGUGGGACUGUGCCAUUCCGGGCAAAGACAAGACUAUCUGGGAAGGUGGACUCUUCAAGUUAGAAGUGCAAUUCCCUGAUGAGUUCCCAACCAAGCCACCGAAGUGCAAGUUCGUCCCGCCGCUCUUCCACCCAAACGUCUACCCAUCCGGCACUGUAUGCCUCAGUAUCUUGAAUGAGGAGGAGGGAUGGAAACCGGCCAUCACGAUCAAAGAGAUUCUGCUUGGGAUUCAGAUGCUGCUGGAUGAGGUAAACCCAGAUUCGCCGGCGCAAGCGGACGCUUACAACCUGUUCAAGAAAGAUCGAGCGGCCUACGAGAAGAGGAUUAAGCAGGUCGUGAAGGACAACCCGGCACCAUGA